CCGAUUGUUCUUCUUUAAUAUCUGUAUACUGAACAGCGGGCUGAGCAGUUUUGCAGAAGCUUUAAAUGUGCACUGUGGUCAAGCGCAUAUUUUUUAUUAAUAAAGAGAGAGAAAACGCGCACACAGGCGCUGGUACCAGAUCCACAGCAGCCGAAAAUUGCCGCUACCAGGCAAGGUGUCUUAGUAAACCCAAAAAAUCGCGACCAAAAUGAAGUUUAUUGCCGUGUUUAUUAUAGGAGUUAUUUUGCAUGACGGCCUUGCCGACAAUGCUAACCCAGAAACGUUUAAUGAUAUUUCAGCAUUACAAGGCUCUAUUCCAGAUGAUAUUGUACCAGUCGAGUGGCAAACUGUGCUGCAGAUGGCACUAUCAACAAGUAUACCUUUUAUAACCUUUGAACCAACUACAAUUACUCCACCUAUAACCAAGAGAGAACUGGGGACAACAACACCACCGAUAACGAAGAGGGAACUAGGAACAACUAGAUCGCCUAUCAUUCUUCGCCCACAAAAUUUGGAUCUAGGAACAACUACACCUCCUAUAACUAAGAGAGAACUGGGUACAACUACACCACCUAUAACCAAGAGAGACCUAGGGACAACUACACCACCUAUAACCAAGAGAGAACUGGGUACUACUACACCUCCUAUAACCAAGAGGAAACUAGGUACAACUACAUCACCUAUAACCAAGAGAGACCUAGUUACAACUACACCACCUAUAACCAAGAGAGAAUUGGAUACAACUACACCUCCUAUAACCAAGAGGGAGCUAGGAACAACUACACCACCAAUAACAAAGAGAGAACUAGGGACAACUACUCCUCCUAUAACCAAGAGAGACCUAGGGACAACUACACCACCAAUAACCAAGAGAGAACUGGGUACAACUACUCCUCCUAUAACCAAGAGGGAGCUAGGAACAACUACACCACCAAUAACAAAGAGAGAACCAGGAACAACUACUCCUCCUAUAACCAAGAGGGAGCUAGGAACAACUACACCACCUAUAACGAAGAGGGAUCUAGGAACAACUACACCACCUAUAACCAAGAGAGACCUAGGGACAACUACACCACCUAUAACCAAGAGAGAACUGGGUACAACUACACCUCCUAUAACCAAGAGAGAACAAGGUACAACUAUACCAUCAAUGAACAUUCGACCAACGGCACUAAAGAUAGAACUAGGGACUACAACACCACCUAUAACCAAAAGAGAACUUGGAACAACUACACCUCCUAUAACUAAGACAACUACACCACCUAUAACCAAAAGAGAACUAGGGACUACCACACCACCAAUAACCAAGAAGGAACUGGGAACAACUACACCGCCUAUAACUAAGAGAGAAAUGGGUACAACUACACCGCCUAUAACCAAGGGAGAACUACUGACAACAACACCACCUAUAACUAAGAGGGAACUAGAGACCACUACACCUUCUAUGGACUUUCGGCCAACUACAUUAAAGGGUGUAACAACUACACCAUCUAUAAUUGAUCCCACAACUGAUAUGUCUCCACUCACAGUAGUAGAACGUAGUCCGGCUUCUACCCCCAUUCUCACUGAUAAGCCUAAGAAAUUACGCAAAUUCCCGAAAGACAGAUUUAAGACAAUGAUACGUCGUAAGGCAACAAAGCAGCCCUCGUUCUCAUCCACUACCAAGAGGUCAAUUUCGACUUAUUUGCACGAAAGCUCCAUUAUUAAGCCCUCGAUUGGUACCAUCGAACCCAUAUCGGGUAUGCCGUUAUCUGGUGGACACUUCCAUAAUUAUCGCAUCCAAUCAUAAAUAGAUUGUUAUUGGUGAUAUGCAACCAAAUAAAUUUUAUAAUCAGCGAAACUUGUUUACAUUUUUUACUAACGGCAAUAAAUAAUAAUUAAGUAUCUGACAACUUU